AUGUCCGACGGUCCGGAAUAUGCGUCCUUCUUCGCAGUUCCGGGCUCCGCAGCCGCCACGAUCUUGAGCGCUCUCGGAGCGGCCUAUGGCACGGCGAAAGGAGGCACCGGCAUCGCAGCCACGUCCGUCAUGCGACCAGAGCUGAUCAUUAAGUCGAUUAUCCCGGUCGUCAUGGCGCGUAACGUCGCGAUCUACGGGCUGGUGGCGGCUGUCCUCAUCGCCAGCUCUCUGACCGACGGCAGCAGCUUGUUCAAGGGCUUCCUAAAGCUGGGGGCCGGCCCGAGCGUGGGCCUGAGCGCGCUGGCCGCAGGCUUCGCCAUGGACGUCAUGGGCCGCCGGGGGAAGGUGGAGGGUGUUGGAGUAGGGGGCGGGGGGAGACGGCGCGGCAGCCUGGGUUUUUCUCGGGCAUGA